AUGUAUAAAGCUCGUCUGCUGACUGUUGGAGUUGACAUUGCUAAAAAUAAAUCGUUGCUCACCAUCAAUGUGGGAGGAAUGCAGGUGCUGGAAUGGAAUGGCAUCCCCUUGACUGGGAAAACUUAUGAAGAAGUCCAGAGCAUUAUUAUUCAACAGAGUGGGGAAGCAGAAAUAUGUGUAAGACUGGACCUGAACAUGCUCUCGGACUCUGAGAAUCCCCAGCACCUGGAGCUGCACGAGCCAGUAAAGGCAGUAGAUAAAGCGAAGUCCCCAGGGGUUGAUCCCAAGCAGCUGGCUGCAGAGCUCCAGAAGGUUUCUCUACAGCAGUCGCCUCUGGUUGCUUCCUCAGGAGUGGAAAAGGGAUCUCAUGUUCAUUCUGGAACCACUUCUGCCACCUCCAGCGCUGUUCCCAGCCCUGGUCAGCCUGGUUCUCCCUCAGUGAGCAAAAAGCGUCACAGCAGCAAGCCCACUGAAACUACAAAAUCUGCUUCCCAUCCAAUCACUGGAGAAAUUCAGCUUCAAAUCAACUAUGACAAACACCUUGGCAACCUUAUCAUCCACAUCCUUCAGGCAAGAAACCUUGCGCCCAGAGACAACAAUGGCUAUUCUGACCCCUUCGUUAAAGUUUAUCUUCUUCCAGGGAGAGGACAAGUCAUGGUUGUCCAAAAUGCAAGUGCUGAGUACAAGCGGAGAACUAAGUACAUACAGAAAAGCUUGAAUCCUGAGUGGAAUCAGACAGUGAUUUAUAAAAAUAUCUCCAUGGAGCAGCUGAAAAAGAAAACACUGGAAGUGACUGUCUGGGAUUAUGAUCGAUUUUCCUCAAAUGACUUCCUUGGUGAAGUAUUGAUUGAGUUAUCCAGUGUCUCGCAGCUUGACAACACUCCUCGGUGGUAUGCUCUGAAGGAACAGAGUGAAAACAUUGAUCACGGGAAAUCUCAUUCUGGACAGAGUAGCCAGCAAUCUCCAAAACCAUCUGUCAUCAAGAGCAGAAGUCAUGGAAUUUUUCCAGACCCCUCCAAGGACAUGCAGGUGCCCACCAUUGAGAAAUCCCACAGCAGUCCAGGGAGCUCCAAAUCUUCCUCUGAAGGACAUCUACGCUCUCACGGUCCAUCUCGCAGCCAAAGCAAAACCAGCGUCACUCAAACUCACCUUGAAGACGCUGGGGCAGCCAUCGCCGCUGCUGAAGCAGCUGUCCAACAGCUUCGCCUUCAACCAAGUAAAAGACGCAAAUAAAUUCCUCAGCAUGGCAGCUUAAUGUUCAUCUGUUGCCUUUUUCCCUGCUGUCCUUCCCUUUUUGGCUAUUUUUUUUUUCUGUUCUUGGCACACUGUGCUCACUCUGUUCAAUGUCUUUCUUUGUGUGCCUGUGUGUGAAUACAUAUAAUUACAAUAUACUCUUGUAUUU